CAACGGAAUGGUAGCCGUGCGGGGCUAAAACUCGAUUAGAGUCAACAAGAGUUUCGCGAGGUCUUCGACAAGAAGAGGGAACUGACGCCAUAGCGGCAUCUGCAAUACCCUCCGAUGAACGACACAGAUAGUGCUGGAUAUUUACACCUGGAGUUCAUAGAAUUGGCCUUUAUCUUUUCAUUCACUACAAUCGCCACACCUUUCCAGGGAUGUCUGAUCUUGCCACCCCGAGAAGGAAUUGAAUCAUGACUUGAAUAAGGAAUUGAGUCCUGAAUUGUGGCGUACCGUGAUCAGCUCUACUAUAAUCAUGGUUAAUUAUUGUAAUUAUUGUCAAUUGGUCGCCUGUAUCCAUUGUAGAAGCUAAGGAGGAUUUCAUUUCCUAGUUUUCUUAUUUUCGUUUCACACGAUAAUCUGAGUCUGUUUGUGUAUAGAUAUUUUCAGUCAUUUCCUCCAACCACGAGUGAUGCUUGCAGAGAGCACCUUCCAUCCACUCCCAACUCCAAUCUGCAAUUGAUUUUGUUGCAUGUUUAUGUUUUAGGCUGGGCUUUCGGUCUGUUCAUGUGUAAUUGUUUGAUUAACGUGUGCUCUGGUUCUGUAUUCAAUGAACUCCAUAGCUCGGCCAUCUUUAUGCCACGGUCUAGGUUUUCACACAUCCUUGCACUCUCGAAACUCCUUGCAUUUUAGAAACGCAGACUUCGCAGUCAAUUUGAGCUUCUGUAGAAAUUUUGUUCCAGGAGUUCCUCCAUCGUUUCCUGUGAGACAUCGGCGGAGUCCUGGCAUUUUUAGAACCAUCCAAUUUCGAGUCGCUAGUGCGGAGCAAGCUAAUACCGAGGAUGGGGACGGAGCUCCUCAGGGUGGUCGCUCAAGAAAAAACGCUCAGCUGGAGAGAUGGGCGCGAGCUAGAAGGAUCCGGUCAGGGACUAGGAAAGUAGUAGAGACGAGAAAAGUGUCGGAUUCCGUCACCGAGCUGGUUUUGGUAAGGGACCCUCCUCAAUCUGCUGUGCCUGAUUACGAGAGCGACGAUGAAGAGUACGAGGUUCAAGGGAAGGAGGUGUACAUGAUUUCCGAUGGCACUGGGUGGACCUUGGAGCAUGCCGCACAAGCAGCCUUGGGGCAGUUCGAGCAUUGUUUGGUGGAUCGAGCAUGCUCUGUGAAUACUCAUCUCUUCUCUCAGAUCACUGAGGUGGAUAGGCUGAUGGAGAUUAUCCGGCAAGGAGCGCAGGAGGAGGCAUUGGUUCUCUAUACGCUCGCCGACCCACAAAUGGCAGAGGCUGCUCAGAAAGCUUGCGAGAUGCUUCAUGUGCCGCACGUCAACGUCCUGGGGCCGAUCACCGACGCAUUGCAAUCCCACUUAGGAGUGACCCCAUCAGGCAUCCCACGAGGUGCCCCGGGCCGGAAGAGCACCCUCUCGAAGCAAUAUUUCAAGCGCAUCGAGGCAGUGGAGUUCACCAUCCGGCAGGACGAUGGCGCAUUACCGAAGAACAUCAUCAACGCUGACAUCGUCUUGACCGGCGUCUCCCGCACCAGCAAAACGCCUCUCUCCACAUACAUGGCGCAAAAGGGUUACAAAGUCGCGAAUGUGCCUCUGGUGCUGGGCAUCGAUCCGCCCAAGGAACUCUUCGAGGUGGAUCAGGACAAGGUUUUCGGCUUGACCAUCAAUCCGAGCUAUCUCAAGUCCAUCCGGCUGGCGCGCUCCCGAACACUAGGCAUGGUGAGAAACACCAGGACUUCCUACGCAGACAUGGAACACAUCCGCAAGGAGCUCGAGUACAGUCGGCAGCUGUUUCUGGAGAAUCCUCGAUGGCCUGUCGUUGAGGUAACUGGGAAGGCGAUUGAGGAGACGGCGGCGGUGAUCCUGAGGAUAUUUCACGAGCGACGAAGCAAGCACCUCAUGCCGAGGAUCUCACGUCGGUACUGAGCGUGGACGAAUGUUGUAUUUCACAUAGCUACAUUCUUGUAGUUUUGAAUUCAUAUAUUGCACUAGAAACUAAUAUGUAUUACAUUAGGUUUACCCAUUACAUAAUUAUUUUGGUUUACUAACACUUACACAUAAAGGUGUAACCUUAAGUCUAUGAAACAUUUACUAGUUGUGUGUACAUAUUUCUUUGUACAUAUUUGGUUUAAUACUCCUUGCCUUAAUAGUCCUUGCUUUUAAGUAUGUAUAUUGAAUUUAGCUAAAAAGUGACUACUUAAAUCUUAUGCUUAAUUAGCUUGAGUUUGAUUUUAGAAUAUUUCAAAGACCACAAAUUAAUUUAAAAGAAGUAUUUUGUGAUUUA